AUGACUACCCGAAGCUUAUGCGGAAAUAGAAACGACAAAGGCAUGGAGAGAACACGGAUCGCUAAGGUUGAAGAUGUGACCUUGGCGCGGCGUGGUGAACAAGUUGUUGGCACCCUGCACCUCACCCCUCAUCAUAUCAUCUUCUCCCAUAUACCCUCAUUGCCAGAUGGUGCGCAACCCUCGGUUCUGCCCAUUAGGCCGAAAGAGCUCUGGAUAACGUAUCCUAUCAUCUCCUUCUGCACUCUCCGGCCCACUCCGGCUGCAUCCCGUCAACCAUCAUCGAUCCGUUUACGGUGUCGUGAUUUCGCCUUCGUUUGCUUAUACUUCGUCGAGUUUAAAAUUCAAAGCUUCCCAGUCGUCUACAAACAUGAUGCUGCUAGGACCUUCUGA